AUGAACUACAGAACUUCCUCAGAUGAAAAUUAUUCAAGCUGUAAUUAUAACGACGAAAUACUAAUAAACGCUGGGCUGGAUUUGCAAAUUUCAGAAAAUAUUCAUCUCACUGACCUCUUACGAGUCGAGUAUAAAAUUGAAGCAACUUAUCAACUGAUUCACCAUUAUAUUAGGUAAAUUCUAGCUAGAUCUAUUGCUCCCAAAGAUUUCAUUGUAAUGUCAACUAUUCCAAGCGAUUUAAAUUUGUGAGAAAAUUCAAGAAUUCUGAUACUUAUGGAAAGCUGGAAGCUUUUUGUAUUAGAAAAAGAAUUAACAAAUAUAAAUAUUACUUGCUUUACUUUUACUGAUGAUUUAACUGAUGAAAUUGCAAAGAUAACAGCUUCUGUGUCAAGCAAAAGUAAGAUUGAGAUAAUAACAAUAGCUAUAACUGAAGAUUAUCCCAAGUCUUAUUGCACAGCUUUAGCGGCAAAGCUAAUAUUUAAAGAUCAACGCUUAUUAAGUGCAGCAGAAAUUACAGAAGAAGGGAUUUUGAUUAUUAUUGAAGAAAUUGCAAAUUUUAUUUAUACUUCUUCAAAAAUCCCAGCAAAAAAGCUCCUUUUUGCUCUGCAAGAGGCUAAAAGUUUAUUUUAUGUCCCGUCAUCUAAAAGUGAUUCUGAGAAAGGAGAUACAGAUAGGUCAGGGAGGAGCUCAGAUUCAUUUCAUCAAGAAAAUACUAUUCCAAUGUGAGCACAAAGAGAUUAUCUAAUUAAAAAGCCUCCAACUAGCUCUAUCUCAGUCAUAGUCCAAAAAUCCUCUUUUAAAAUAUUAGAAAAGCCGUUAAUUGAUAUCCUGGCGAUCCAUCCCUCAAAGCAUUUUCAUAGCCCAAAGUCCUAUCAAAUAAAAUUACAUUUAAAUACGGAUUUAAGUGAAGAAGAAUUAAAUGAAGCUGGCUCACUUUCAGACACCCCUCUAGCUAUGGAAAACAGCUAUCUUUUUACCUUUGAGUCUGAAAAUGAUUCUCAUAAAAACCAACUGCUUACCUGCAGCUCAGAUUUAGAGUACUCCCAUUCUGAUGAACAAUCAAAUUCAACCCAAAGAUUAAGUGAGGUGAUAACUCCUUUUAAUUUGUCCGUUGUUGAACGAUUUCCUAAAAUUUAUUCAGAUUCUUUAACACUCAGUGAGUCUUCAAAUGCUUUACAGCCUUUCCAAGAUCAAACAAAUAGAAAAUCUGUCAUUGAUUAUAGUGAAUCUUUAGAUUUUUAUCCCAUAGAAGUUAUUGAUAUAAUUCAAAAAUCCCCAAAAAUAAAAAAACGCAAUCUUAAUGAAAACAAAACCCCAUUAGAUUCGCCAAAAGAAUGCAAUUUAUCUAUACAAGACAUACAAAAGCAAUUCGCAUUAAUGGAGUCGAGGAUUACUACGGAAACUAUUGAUGCUACUUUAAAAUCAGAAAUUAGUGAAUUUGGAAAAGGGUCGGUGUUACCAAUCUCUCGGGUUGAUUUUAUAGCUUAUAAUUCUUAUCUUGAGGGAAGAACUCCUAGAUCUGAAGAUGGGAAAUUUGAAAAUUGUAGAUGCAGCCGCUGUGUAGUCUUUUAA